AUGCAGCGGUCCGCCCCGCAGCGGUCGUCGCCGCGCUUCCGCGACCCGGAGGACCCGCGGCGCCGGCCGCCGAAGCGCGACCGCGACCUGACCUGCGCGGCGGUCAUUUUGGUGCUGGGCCUCAACGCGUCCCUGGCGCUCGUGCUCGGCGCGCUGCGGCGCGAGUCCGUGCUCGACCUGAGCCGCCAGGCGAACCUCGCCUGGCGGGACCGCGCGCUCGCCGCCGAGGGCGCCGUCGACGCGCUCGCGGCGCGGCUCGCGCGCGACGCCGCGCCCGGCGCCGCGGCGGCCCCCGCGGCGCCCGCGGCCCGCGGCGCCGCGGCCGGCGCGGGGCGGCGGAGCGUCGACCUCUGGGAGCGCGCCGAGGCCGCCGCCGCGCCGCCGAAGCCGGCGAAGGAGCCGGCGCUGCCGCCCUUCUACGGGGCCGGCGCGCGGACCUUCGGCGCGGAGACGUGCGCGGCCUUCCGCGGGAGCCGGCCGCCCCACCUCUACCGCUGGUCGCCCGCGGGCAUGUUCAACUGCGGCACGAACACGCUCCUGAACCUCAUGCACCUGAACUGCAACUUCGACGCGACGGGCCGCCACACGCUCUGGCAGGCGCCCUGGGGCAAGCACCUGUGCAAGCACAACCCGCACUCCUGGCGCGGAAGGCACUGGGCGCCGCAGUUCGGCGAGGGCGCCUGGCGGCCCGACCCGGACUCCAUCUUCCCCGUCGUCGUCACCAAGGACCCGGCGACGUGGAUGAAGAGCAUGUGCCGGAACCAGUACGAGUCGCGGUUCAAGCACGCGCGGAGCCGCCGCCCGCGCGGCGCUCGCGUCUUCCGCCCGACGUCGACGCGCGCGUCGUCGAACGGGUUCGACGCGGCGCGCCACCACGACCCGGAGACGUGCCCGAGCCCCGUCGCGGACACGCGCGUGACCAUGCGCUACCAGCCGGACAAGCCGUCCUACUACGACAACUUGCCGGACUUUUGGGUCCGGUGGCACGACGAGCGCCUCGUCGUCCGCUUCGAGGACCUCCUCUUCGACUCGGAGAAGACGAUCUCGACGGUCUGCGCGUGCGUCGGGGGCAAGAUGCGGCCGCGCUUCACCCAGGAGGAGAUCGUGUCCAAGGACAAGACCCUCGGCCACUACGGCCCCGUCAACGACCGCGCGAAGGCGCUCCGGCUCUACUCGUCGGAGAAGCACCGCUUCGACCACUACGACCGCGACGACCUCGAGCUCCUCAAGGCCGUCGCGGGCCGGUCCCACCUCUUCAAAGCCAUGGGCUACGACUUCGACGUCGACGCCGCGCUCGAAACGCAGCGGCGGCGGCGCCUCCUCUUCGGCAACGCGACGCGCGGGCGGCGGCGGAGGUGA